UGGAGCCAGCAUGCAGUGCUUUCACAGGAAAAAUGUGCAUCUGCUUCUCACUAUUAUUCAACAAGGUGUGUAAGAAUUUCAAAUCUGUGUAAGAGUGGUUUUCCAAGUGCACAAUAGGAAAACUCUCCUAGGAUUUAUGGGUGAAAUACUGAAGAAUGAACGCCAAGCUUUGCUUAAUCAAGGGGAAGAAAAUGAGAUGGACAUCUUUGGAUACAGGACAAGCACCUGCCGUAAAGUUUUUUGCAUUUUUGGAUAUAUAUUCACCCUUGGAUUCCUGUUGCUUAUAUUCUACUGGAAACCAGAGUGGCAUGUGUGGGCAAAUUGUGUUCCCUGUUCGCUACGAGAAGCCGAUGUUGUGUUGCUCAGAACCACAGAUGCUUUUAAAGAGCAUGCAUGGAAGAAAGUGCUGUCAAUCAAGUUAUCUGACUAUGAGUACAAGUCAUUAAAUGCCAGUAAACAAGAUAGUUAUUCAGUCAUUAAGAAAUCUGUGAUAGAACCAGAUCUGUAUGUUAGAUAUAUACAGGUUCAGAAAAUUCGUUACAUAUGGGAUGACUGUGAGAAGCAGUUUACUAAAGCUGGUGUCCUGGAAGAUCAUUAUACUUGUUCAUCUAUACAUGAAAAUUUUGGGUAUGGGUUUGCAAAUGAAGAGCAGGAUGUCAGGAGACGUAUCUGUGGACCCAAUAUAAUCGAUGUGGGAGUUGUUCCAAUAUGGAAACUGCUUUUUAAGGAGGUGUUAAAUCCUUUCUACGUGUUCCAGCUCUUCAGUGUAUGCCUUUGGUUUGCAGAGGAAUACAUUGAAUAUUCCGUGGCCAUAAUAAUCAUGUCACUAAUUUGUAUCGGUCUGUCUGUGUAUACACUAAGACAGCAAUCAGUUAAACUGCACAGACUAGUUGAAUCUCAUAAUAACAUCAAGGUUUCUGUAUAUGGGAAACAUAAAGGUGUUUAUGAGGAGGAAUCUCAUCGCUUGGCUCCAGGUGACAUAUUAGUGGUUCAUAGAAACACAAUUCUGCCCUGUGAUGUACUCCUUAUUAGUGGGGGCUGCAUAGUGAAUGAAAGCAUGCUUACAGGUGAAAGUAUCCCAGUUACCAAGACACCUCUGCCAAAUACAGACAACACAGAGCCAUGGAAGGUUCAUAGUGUGCAUGAUUACAAAAGACAUAUCCUCUUCUGUGGAACUGAAGUUAUCCAGACAAAGUCUAUGGACCUUGUGAAAGCUGUCGUAAUGAGGACAGGCUUUAAUACAGCUAAAGGUGACCUUGUGCGUUCCAUUCUCUACCCUAAACCGGUGAACUACAAGAUGUACAGAGAUGCCACAAUUUUCGUUGGUUGUCUGAUUGGUUUAUCCAUGAUCGGGAUGAUAUAUGCUAUUUGUGUAUUCACUUUGAGUGGGGCUGAAGCUGGAGAGGUAGUGAAGAAAGCGCUGGAUGUUAUUACAAUAGCUGUGCCUCCUGCUCUCCCAGCUGCCCUCACAGCAGGAAUUAUCUAUGCCCAGAAAAGACUGGAGAAAUCCAAAAUAUUCUGUAUCAGUCCCCAGCGUAUCAACCUCUGUGGAACUGUUAAUCUAUUCUGCUUUGAUAAGACUGGAACCUUAACAGAAGAUGGGCUGGAUCUUUGGGGAAUAGUCCCUUCUAAUGGAAACAGUUUUCAGGAUAUAAUUUCACUAACAGAAGAUGCAUCUCUAUCCUGGGGGCCCCUAUUGGGUGCGCUGGUUUCCUGCCACUCGUUGAUUGUGUUGGAUGGACAAGUGCAGGGAGAUCCUCUGGACCUGAAGAUGUUUGAGUUCACAUCUUGGAUGAUUGAAGAUGCUCUGGAUGAUAACUCUGAAGAAUCCAUGCAAUCAAUGACUGUAAAACCAGGUCCUGAUGCAAACAAAGUCACUGUUGAAGGCGUUGUCGUCUUGCAGCAGUUCCCAUUCGCCUCUGGCCUGCAGCGCAUGUCCGUUAUAACCCAAAUCCUCAACGGUAAUGAAUAUGCUGUCUACAUGAAGGGAGCGCCAGAGAUGGUGGCCUCAUUCUGCAUGCCAGACACAGUUCCUGUCAACUUCUCAAAUGAGCUUGAGCUGUACACAAAGCAGGGAUUUCGGGUUAUCGGUCUGGCAUACAAAAAGCUAGAAAUAAAUGAUAGCAUAAAAGUAACUACUUUAAAACGCGACGAGGUGGAAUCUGACUUGUCUUUCCUUGGACUUCUGGUGAUGGAAAAUCGGCUUAAAUUGGAAACCAGGCCAGUAUUAAAGGAGCUUUUUAAUGCCAGGGUCAGAACUGUUAUGAUCACAGGUGACAAUCUCCAGACAGCGGUCACUGUCGCUAAAAAGUCUGGGAUGAUAAAUGAAGGCAGCUCUGUUAUUCUGGUAGACGCCGAGGAGCCCAGUGACUCGAAAUUAGCCUCUAUCACAUGGACUCUUGUGCACGGGGUGAAACCAAAGAGUGUUGAUAAUGUGGGUAUUUAUAUUGACAUUCAAGAUAAAAAAAAGGCAGAAAAUGAAAAGCAUCCUUAUUAUUUUGCCAUGAGUGGAAGCACCUAUCAAGUUAUAUUGCAGCAUUUUAGCAAUUUGCUACAUAAGAUACUGAUAAAUGGAACAAUUUUUGCUCGUAUGUCUCCAGGACAAAAAUCAAGCCUUGUUGAGGAAUUCCAAAAAUUAGGGUAUUACGUUGGUAUGUGUGGUGAUGGCGCAAACGACUGUGGUGCCCUGAAAAUGGCUCAUGUUGGAAUUUCUCUCUCUGAGCAAGAAGCAUCUGUGGCUUCACCAUUCACUUCAAGCACUCCGAAUAUUGAAUGCGUCCCACAUCUCUUAAAAGAAGGAAGAGCUGCGCUAAUUACCUCUUUCUGUGUAUUCAAGUACAUGGCGCUUUAUAGCAUGAUUCAGUACAUCGGGGUGCUGCUACUUUACUGGGAAAAAAAUUCUUUUUCAAAUUACCAAUUCCUUUUCCAAGAUCUGGCCAUAACUACUGUAAUCAGUGUGACUAUGAGUUUGAAUAAAGCCUAUCCGAAGCUGGCGCCCUACAAACCUCCAGCACAAAUGAUCUCUCCCCCCCUGCUCCUCUCUGUGACACUUAACAUUUGCGUCAGUCUUAUUUUACAAAUCUGUGGCUUUCUCAUUGUACACGACCAGCCUUGGUACAGCCCUAAUGAUAUCUUCAAGGCCUGCAAUCCAGUGAAUGAGAGCUACUCCUAUAACUUGAGUAGUAGUAAUAAUUAUACUACACAGGACCAGCCUACAAAGACGGAGUAUCAGAGCUAUCAAAACACCACUGUUUGGCUGCUGGCCACUUUAAAUUGUCUAAUUGUUGCUUUUGUAUUCUCAAAAGGAAAACCAUUCAGACAGCCUAUUUAUACAAACUAUAUAUUUGUAAUUACAAUUUUAAUCCAGUUUUCAGUUUGUCUGUUUCUAUUAUUUGCAAAUAUUGCUAAAUUAUAUGUUGCUAUGGAACUCGUAUGUACCCCUCUCCUAUGGAGAGGUUCUAUUAUAAUUAUGCUGCUCAUCGUAUUAACCGUUUCUUAUGUUUCAGAGGAAUUUAUCAUUGAAAAUAGAGCGCUCUGGAACUUCCUGAAACAGCUGACUAGAUAUAGAUCAAAGAGUCCUUACAAGAAACUGCAACACUUAUUGGCACAAAAUCCUGAAUGGCCUCCAAUCAACCGGAAAGACUAUGCCAUCCCCACUGACCUGGCACUGACAAGUGAAAUGGGAGACUAUAUUAACCCAACUUUUGAGAUCACUGAACAUGUGUAACAUAGUAUAUAAAUUGCGAGAAUAGCGUAUUAGCCAUGAUUGGGUGAGGCAAGAGUUUAUCGUCUGGUAUGUGACCUCAUUUUUAAAACAACAAAUAAUUAAAAAACAUUUACCAACUACUGAAUUUGAAGAAGACUGUAUCAAACUGUAGUUAAACUUAAUCAUUUUAACUACAGAAGUGAUACCAAGCUGCUAAUUUGAUUAUUGAUCAACCUUCCCCAUUAACAUUAGUACAAUUAGUGAGGAUUUUAAUUGCUUUCGCCGGCGGCUGUCACUGCCGGGUACCCAAUGGAGCAAUUCAAUUGUUGCUCCAUUUGGGUGCGAACAGCUGCUGGUGCCACCAUUUUUGAUCGCUGCCUCCUGAGGUGGCGAGCAGAAAUGCGAGAAAACUGACCCAAAUGGCAAUUUUCGCAUCACACCCAGAACUCGGGUUUAGCCAUUUUACGUCACUAAACCGUGCACUGCACAGCACAAUCAGUACUAAAAAAAAUUACAACUUAAUAGCGCCCCCCGAUGCCCUUUACAUUUGAAUUCCACUUUUAGAAUUGCUUGAUCAUUUUUGAGAAAGCAUUUAAAUUGAUUGUUUAAAUCUUAUUUUUAUUAACCUUAUGUAAAUACUGACAGUACAAAGCCUUAUUUCUAAAUCAAAUUAUGUAAACUAUCAUUAGUGGAUUUUAUCACCACAAAUGGUUUUAUAUUACUGUAUAGUUACAGUAACUAUUUUUGGAAUGCAAUUUGUAUGUGGUUUUAAUAUUCACCAGAGAAUUAAGCUUACUCCAUUAAUCUUGUUUUACUUUUAAUAAGUGGUUGUAAAUAUAGGAUCUUUCAUCCACCUAAUGAUCUUUGCACUGCAAUGAACACCACUGAUCUGACCAACUCUUCCAUACAGGCGAUGCAAAUUUAGCCUUAAAAAUAGGUACAAUUGCAUUAUGGUAGACAUGUGACAUCAUCCUGCUGUGUAUGUCGUAAAUGAUUCUGGACCUAAUUCAGAUCUGAUCACAGCAGCAAAUUUGUUAGCUAAUGGGCAAAACCAUGUGCACUGAAGAGGGGGGGGGGGUUGGAGGCAAUAUAACAUGUGCAGAGAGAGUGAGAUUUGGGUGGGGUGUGUUCAAACUGAAAUCUAAAUUGCAGUGUAAAAAUAAAGCAGCCAGUAUUUAGCCUGCACAGAAACAAUGUAACCCAACCACAUCUAUCCCACCCUCCUAGCACUGAAUACAUGCUGUGCGCGUGCACACAGCAUUUAUUCAGUGACCACCGGCUACUUUGCAGCGCAGAGCAGUGGGUGAUCAAAGGCUCUCCCAACUGCCCCCCGCCUGCGGGACACUGCUGCCCGCCGCGGGACUGACAUCAGGACAGUAGGGAGGUAUGCCACUGUUUGUGUCCUUUUUCUUUUUGUGUGUAUUUAUUUUUUUUGUAGCUUACACACAGUCAAGGGUCUUUUAGUAUUUUGUGACAUUUAUGUUUUUAACCAGGAGUUAGUUAAAAAGUAAAGGGUUGCUGUUAAGAAUGUAUUAUAUACUGUAGCUGUAAAUGGAAAUAUAGAGAGAGUGUAGAUCUUGAAAUCUGUAACUGUAAUGGUCUUGUUUUCUGUGGAGUAUCCUUUUCCUCUUCCCAUAAAUAAAGAUAAGU